AUGACCAUUGUAGCAAUAUUGGGAGUGGUGGCACUGUUUUUUUACUUGUAUAAAGCAUUCUUCACAUCAUGGAAUAAAACAUUUGACUAUUCCGAAGAUGAUAAAGAGUUUUGGGAUCAACGUAUAAGUGAGGCAAUUUGUUAUGGAGUAACUCCAAAUCCAAGAGCACUUUCAACCAUGAAACCAUCAUCCGAGAAGGUGUUCAAAGAGUUAGGAUCUGCUUGGUCCGAAGACGAUCGUAUUAGAUUUAUAGAAAAUAAGAAGCAAGUUCAACUCAAACAGAAAAAGCUGGAUGGUUUGUAUCAGACAACGAAACAUAGGGAAAAGCAAAAGGAUGGCCUUAUUAUUAUUAAUGCAAGAUAUGGAGUAUUCAACCCAGAGUUUCGGGCGCUUCUCGAUGUUACAGUUCCUCUUCAGUGUUUUGUUAGUUCCAAAUCAUCAACUAUUACUAUUCAGAAGGAGGAUUUGUCAAUGUCUGAUUUACCAGGUUUUGGAAAUCCAUUAGAGGGUUUUAACAACAUCCAGCAUUUGAAAAAGGAGUUACAGGUAAUAUACAGAACAAAUGGAUCUCUGAAGAUGAGCACCUUCGUUGAAAAUGAUCAUGGAUUUGAGGUCCGUCUUCCUUGA